GUCAGCCGUGGUACUUAUACGUACACAUUCGAUUUGUUUUUUUCAUAAUUCAUACAUCAUGCACCGCAAGUAAAUUUUGCAUUAACAGAAGAGAAGCGUGUCCAUAAAUUUAUUAUUAGUUAAUUAUAAACUGCAAUUUGUUUUUAUAAAAAAGUAAUAAAUCUUUUUAUGAGAAUUUUUAACCGAGUGUUAUCAAGUUACGGGGUGGUUAAAUCACGAUUGCCACUGACUCGAAGAAAAAUGGGUGAAGAAAAUUUUUCAACUUGCUUACUGUAUGAUCCAAGUAACUAUUAUUGUGAUACAAUAAAUUUAAGCCAAGAUCAUAUUGCUAAAGAUUACUGGUUUGACUGUAUACAGGACUUAGUGAAAGUUUUCGCAAAUCAAGCUGCUAAAAGUCAAAAAAAUGAUCCUACAUCUAAAACAAGAAGUGAACAAUUUCAUCAAGACUAUAUAGAAAGUUUAAAUAACUUAAAAAUUGAUGCUAAUUGCACAGGACCUGUGACAAUACGACAAUUAUUAGAAUUGAAUGAACCACUUUUAAGGAAAUACGGUUUUGCAGACCCCUGGUUGGAACAAAAACUUAUUGAAAAUGAAAAUUCUAUAAGAAAUUUUAAGUCUCGACUGGAUCAAAUAGAUUGUUUAGGAACUGAAGAUAAAUGGAUUGAGUUAGUUAAGGGUCUUUUGGCAGGAAAUAUAUUUGACUGGGGUGCUCAAACCGUUUCCGAAAUAUUAGAAAACGAUAAAUCAUUUGGAUUAAAUGAGGCUUUGGCAAAGAUACAAUCAAGACCAUGGUUGAUUGAUGACCUGGAUGCGUGGGUUCGCAGAAUAAAUAACGGACCGUCACAUAAAUGCGCUAUUAUUUUUGUUGACAAUAGUGGGGUUGAUGUAGUAUUAGGAAUAUUGCCAUUUGCCCGUGAAUUAUUAAAGCGUCGAACCAAAGUUAUAAUGUGCGCCAAUUCAGAACCUUCACUAAAUGAUGUAACAGCCCAAGAACUUGAAAAUAUUUUAGAAAGUUGCUGUCAACAUUGCGUAAUUAUUGAUGCUGCUCUAAGAGAAAAGCAGCUAUUAGUAUACGGUAACGGUCAGAAAGGACCAUGUUUGGAUAUGAGGAACUUGCCUGCUGAUUUAUGUGAAGCGAUUCGAACUAACGACGUAGAUUUGUUAAUAAUCGAGGGUAUGGGUCGAGCACUUCAUACAAAUUUAAAUGCAAAAUUUACAUGUGAAACACUAAAACUAGCUGUAAUUAAAAAUACAUGGUUAGCCAAUCGUUUGGGAGGGGAUAUAUUUUCUGUUAUUUGUAAAUAUGAAAUUGUAUGAUAAAAUUUUAUUUAUGUAUACAUAUUAUUAAAAAGCAAGAAUAUUGUUUGGUUAAUUUUAUUGUAAUAUUAUUAUUUAAGUUCAUUAAAUUUCAAUAAUUUAAAACAGCA